GAUCCCCAACUAACCAUCUGAUAACAUAUUCGGCCAUCAAACUGCCGUCCUUCACAAUGUUCCAUCAUUUGUAUGAAUGUAUUUUGAUUUUUCCGAAUAAUGAUGGAUACAAAUACUCUAUUUCUGGCAGUUAUUGUAAUUAAAAUAAACAAAUAAAUAAAAAAUACUGAAUAAAUUAUCAUAUACUAAUGGCCAAAAGUCGUGUCCGGUAUGAGUUUCCUUUAUAUCUUUUAAACGCGUGAAGUAACGACCUUGAAAUUUUGCCUACUUUAUACCGCGCGUAUGUCAAACCGGUUUCUGAGUUUUGAUAGUAGUCUGCGCUCUUACAAUGGAGAUGCACUACCGGCGAAUUUUUUCAUGUGCCUCCUCAUGUAUCAUGUACAGUAUUGUGACCAAUUGGAUAAAAUGAUUUACCUUAUCCUCUUGUCUUUUGAUAUCCCAAUCGGAAGACAUAAGAAUAUUUGAAGAAAAUAUUGAAUUUGAUUAUAAAAUGAGGCUUUAAAAUGAGCAGCGUGCGCGCUAUAGGUCAACUUAAGGCUGGUGCUACUGCCGCACAUGUAGCCCGUCAUUUCGGGGUUAAUGAGAAAAUCAUUCGUCGAUUACGUACAUAAUUCGCAACGCACGGCACCGUGGCAGAUCUCCCACGUUCCGGACGGCCGCGUGAAACGACGUUACGUCAGGAUAGGCAUAUUCAGCUUACACACUUACGUAAUCGAUUUGCCGCUCCAAUUGACACGGCACGAAACCCACCUGCUCGUAAUCGACCUCGCAUAAGUUCCAGAACGAUACGGCGACGUCUCAAGGCAGUCGGGUUACGUUGCCGACGGCCAUAUCGUGGAACAAGAUUAACUCCCAAUCUGUUUACGGAUGAGUGAAAAUUUAACGUUGAUUUAAGCGACCGACGUCAACAUGUCUAUCGACGCUCUGAUGAGAGGUUUACGGAGGCCUGUGUCUUUGAGAAUGACCGCUGUUGUGGGCCGGAUAUGAACCCAAUCGAACACGAUUGGGACUACAUGAAACGGGAGAUUAGAGCACGGAACGUGUACAACGUCCAUCAAUUACGUGACGCUAUUGCUCAGGAAUGGGGCCAACUUCCGGCUAGAUUCCUGCACAGACUUGUAGCGUCAAUGUGUAAACAGUGCACUGAACUCAUUCGGGUUAAUGGGUUUCAUUCACACCAUAAAACGCCGUUUAAUUUAAGACACACUCAACGCAAUCAGUUGUGCCUUGCAAAUCCUCAAUGCCUAUUUUCAACACAUUAAUGUACCGACAGUACUGACUCAUAUUCCAAAUUAAUUUUUUAUCGAAUGCAUUUUAAUGUCCUCUUUCCAUCGAUACCAAAUUUAUGAGUGUGCGAUAUUUAAAAAAUCCAGAUAUUAUAGUGUUUGUAGACAGGAUAAGACUUUUGGCCAUUAGUGUAGUUUGCAUGCAGUACACUGCAGGUAAAAUGUUGUUGUUCUUUGUGAACGAUAAAUACGACACAUUUCCAAUACUUCAGUGUCAAUUGUAUUAUUAACGUUAUUUUAACAAUAGUUUUCCUGUUCAAGAUAUUGAUGAAAACGUGCUUUGUGUAUCAAACGUCUUUCAAAAUACCCAAUAAAAAAAUUACAUUGUGAAGUACCUAUUACUUGACACUUUACUGCUGCAUUUGAACAACAUAACACCAAACACCUCACUGAUUAGAAUAGAUAGCUUACCUUUAAAGUUAACUUUGUUAUUAAAGCCAACUUUUCAAAAUAAUAUAUUUAAUGGAAGUUCACAAUAUCGCCAACACAUCUUUCCGUUGAGCCAUUUCAGGUUAUAUUUUCGGCAAAUGAGGACACCAAAUAUCGAGUACUCCAUGAUUAACGAUGGGUAACAGAAUGGUGAGGAAUCGAAACCACGAAACAAAUCGUCUGAAAAAACUUUCCCAAAUAGCGUUUACAUUUGUUUCUUCGUCAUGCUCUCCCUGUUGAGUAUCUCCUUUGAUAAAAUCGCAAACACAAUUAACACUCUGUGACAGAUGCCACAAUUACUCGCUUCUUCUGUUUCUUUUCUCCUCUUUUUUCGCUCGGGCCGUUUAGCCAUUGUUAAUGUUUUAAUUGUGUUGACCAUGCAGUUAUGCCUUCUAGCAUUCAGACAGUUAUAAAUUGAAACAAAUUUUAGAUAUGAUAAUAAUUGCAUGAUAUAUUAUAUUUAUUUUUCUAGGACAUGAAUUUUUCAUCGCGAAAAUACUCUAAUCACAUUGCAUAUUUAUUUUAUUAAACGUAACACUUGUGUUUAUUACGUAAACUUAUUAGGAGCUAGAGGCCUAACACCAUGGGAAGUUGAUUAAAUGCAGUACGUAAAUAAAUAUCAGCUUUUCAUAAAUGUAAGGCUAGUAAGCAGUUGGUUUAAUCAUGUUGUUUUUUUUUUAAAUCGAGAAUAUAUUUGGCCUCGUCAAUAUCAAUUACAAAUAAGUUUAAGUUUGUAUUUUUUUAAUUACGAUAUAAUAAAGAGUUAUUAGCAUUUAUAUAUGAUAUGCAUUUACCUAACCUCGUCACUUGUGCUUGGAUUCCAAUUAUAGAUACAUACUCAUUGGCAGACUUUGCUAAUAUUAACUAUAAUUUAAACAUGUUUUUACACAUAUGAUUCAAAACCGAUUGUAUCCAAACAGAAGUACCGAAAACAUUGAUUUUAUUUUCCCAGUUUGUUUAACAAGAUUCAAGAUUCAACUUAUUUAUUAAGUAACUUGAACACAAAGUGCUCCUCAUUACAAGAUAGAUACAAUACAUUCAAUUAAACAUAUAUACAACGAUAACAUGAUUGGUUUGAAAUCUCAGACAUGAGAAAAGAACUGAUAAUUAAUAUUUUAACAUUAUAUACUUUUACAUUACACUAACAUUUCACUUACACAGUGAGGAUGGACUAACAACUAAUUAGUAAAUAUUUAUAUAAUAAUUUUCAUUAUGAAAGCUAGAUUUUUAAAGAUAUAUUAUGGUAUGCAAAAAAAGCCAAAAUGUAUACCUUAAUAAAGAUCAUGAAACAAUAUUUACAAUGUUAUGACGAUGUUCAAAUGCUUUAGAAACAAAUUUGCACAAAAUAAGCUGUUCGGAAUAAUUCUUAUCUUGCAUAAGAUCAAUAAAUUUCAUCAUACUAGGCCUCACGAUAUAUUUUCUUCUCAAAUACAUUCUACGUAAAUCAUCAUAUACAUUUAACAUACCCAACAUACCAUGUAUUGUUUUAAUCUGUUUUUAAACAAGCAAGAUUUUGAAACAGGGAAAUUAUACUGUACAUGUCUUCCUAAUAAUAUUAUAGUCAUUUCGCGGAUAUAAUUAAAACAGAUGGUAUUGGUCCUUCGAGCCCAAACAGUGUGUUUUCUUAACUUAUCAAACGAUUACACAUUGAUUUAAAUAAAAGAGAUACUAGUUCCCAAUAUAAAUCCUUUAAUCGAUAAAAAACAAACAUAAUUUGUGCACUACAACUGUAAACGAUAAUGACUUAAAUCUUACCAACUUUCAGUUAAUCAAAACUUACUGGUGGGUCAUAUCCUUAAAUAUGACAAUGUGUGGUGCCCAACAGGUUGAAUUUUGACAGACCUGUUGAGACCGCCACCCGAGAAAUAUGUACUAUUUUAACCUGGACCCCCUCCGACUCCUGUGUUGUCUGACUGAAGACAUGCAUUUCGCACCAUGAAAUGGCCAGCUACAAAACGUUGUUUCAAGAAAAGAAAAAGCAGAACUGGCUGAAGGCGUCAGUCGCUGUUGACAUAACCAGAAAGGGGCUUAUACCUUUCGUUACAACAGUGGUGAUAAUUCUGCACCAAGCUAUUUGUGCAAACGUUGAACGUACCAACUGUUUACCGCCUGGGGCAACAUGCAAGAACAAGAGGUGUUUGUGGGGGGGGGUUAAGAAAUUUACCAUGCAGGUUUCAUCAACAUGCAAAUUUUAGAAAUUGCCCUGCAAAGAUUUGUAAUGACUUUAUGUUGGGUAUCGAGGGCCAUCACAGAUCCAAUGGUCCGUCUUGGAAAAACACUAAUGCCAAUGAUUGGUGCUCUAAUCCACGGGAAGUUGCAAAGUGCUUUCUUCCACCAGAUGGUUACUUGAACGUCCAAACAGCAGAUGAUACAGACAUAAAUGGCAUCAUUAACCUCAUCAUUAAUUGCAAAUUCUUUGACAAUUACUUCACAGACGAUCUCGCACGACCACAAAAUAUCUGCACGAAGGUGCGAGAUGUCGGGAAAAGACUUCGUCAUUCACCACGUCUAAUGGUAACUGAUGAUGACUUAUCAAACUGUAUCGAUGCGUUGAAAACCCUUCUGCAAGGCAACACGUCUUUGGCGACCAACCCUUCAGCAAAGGAUGCACUAGCAAAACUGAUUUUGGAAAAUGACAAGUUGAGUGUGUCAGCAGAUGAUUUGGCAAAUGUUAUAAACAAUGCCAUAUCAACAACAAGUGCAUUGCUCGAGACAGAAAAAAUCCUCGAAAAGAGAAAAUGAAUGAGCUCAAGGAAUUGAAGCAGCAGAUCCAAAAUUUAGCCGAUGAAGCAGUUCAGAGAAUCGCUAGGGCUAAAAACGAGGACAACCUUGAACGUUACAGUUCAAAAUCUGCUGCUUUAAAACAAGACCUGCAUAAACAUUAUUUGGAAAGCUGUUCUUCUCUCGACCUUGGACCGAUGUUUGACAUGAAUACUACAAACUUGGUUGAAAUGUACAUAAUUAUGUCCUCAACUGAGCAAGUCAACAGUAACCAAAGGUCAUUCUAAUACGGGUAUUGGUGUUAAAAGUAAAAUAGUCCGAUCCGAGAUCAAAGAGUUAGAUGAAGUUUUUCGAAAUAAAGGAGAGCAGGCAAAACACAUUUACAUCACUGCUAAAGCUGGGGUAGGGUAAUCAACUUUCUGCGAAUUCAUUGUGCGCCUAUGGUGCGCUGUGCAAAAAAACAAUACAGAAGAAAUAGAAAGUCUGAAAUCAAGAGGAGCAGGAACAUAUUUGAAUAUUUGCGAGGAACUUAAAAAUGUGCAAUAUGUUUUCUAUGCGCGCCUUAUUCAAUCGAGAUCAAGACUGUGUGAAAUGGACGACAUUGUUUUUCAUCAGGUUAUAAAACGAUUAUCGAAAUCUGAGGAUUAUGAUAUAAAGUUUCUUCUAGAAGUUCUUGAUAAGGAUCGAUGUUUGAUGAUAUUUGACGGCCUGGAUGAAUGGAGCCAUCCGGAUGUGAAGACUACUCUCUGCUUUGAGGAAGAUACAGUGUCACCACAUGCACGAAGUAGGGAAAAUUGCAUCGUUAUGAUGACAUCGAGACAUUGGAAGCUCGUUUUGCAGAAAAUGCAAUCUAAAAAGACAAAUAUAUGUGUUGAAAUAAAUCAAUUGGAUGACACAAAAAUACGCACACUCCUUAAACAAGCCUUUUCUCUGUUAGUUGGCGAUUCCGAGCUUUCAAAAGAUAUUGAAGAGUUAUUUCGAUUUAUUGACCAAAAAGGUCUAUACCAUUUACUUGGCAGUACUCUUGUUGCUUUACAGUUACUCUGUUUGUGGUACAAAGGCCACUCUCUCGGUGAGACCAAAUGCCAGGUUUAUUGCAACGUGUUAGAAAUGUUGUUUGUCGACGUCUUAAAAAGAAAUCCUCAUGUACAACAAUAUGUAACCGAAGAUCAUCGACAACCUGAUACAAUAAAAUGCUUACAGUAGUCAUUGUGUAAAAUUCCAAGAGCACAUACGAAACCUCGGCAAAAUGGCGUUUUAUUCGCUUUUUGAUGUGGUAACAUUGGAGGCCCAAAUAGAAGGAAAUCUGUCUAAACGCGCAGACAAAACACAUUUACACUCUCCACUGAAUCCACGAUAUGAUUUCAGUGUUCUCCACAAAACGUACCAAGAAAUGUUAGCUUGUGUCUACAAUGCAUCAAUGCCUUCUAAUAGCGAGGAGCAUAAACGCUUAGUCAAGACAAUAAAGGCUUCAGGCCAAACAUUAUCGUUCGACAUUAUGCUGUUUCUGUGUUGUAUGCAUGGAACAUGUGCAAAAGUUAUGUUUGAAAUAUAUUGCGAUUUGCAAACGGAAAUGCUUUGUCAAAUAUCAGAAAUUGAAUAUUCAUCUGUAAUACUGUUCCAUGCAAAUAGUUUGAGUAUCAUUGAACAAAUGAAAGCAAACAACAUUGCAUGUGAAACUGGUAUAAAAAUGCGCAGUUUAUUACUAGACAGAACAUACAAUGACAGUUGCAGUAUAUUAACCGAAGAUUGCGGAGAUAUAUCGCUUUUGGCUUUUGAACAGAAUGAAAACAAAAAUAUCGAUCUGUUCGACAAUGUUCAAGCAAUCGCGGAGAAUUGUAAAUCAAAAUUGAUUUACAUAAGAAUUGAAAAUAGUUGUGACAUGGACUACGAUAUACCGUGUCCAAUUGCACCUGCAUUCAUUAACACGUGUAUAAACUUGCAUACACUUGUCCUUAGCAACUUAACUUUUGGUGGAGAACUAGGUCUGACUGGUUGCAGCAGUUUGUCAACUCUUGAUUUAUCACUACCAGUUAAAGGGGAUCCAGUCAGAUUGAUUAUAUCACCACAUAGGUUAACAUAUUGCUAUAUUAACAUUGAUAAUUCAGUUUAUUCGCCAUUCGUCAGCAUAAAGUGCACGUGUCCGUUUAACUCACAAUUACUAGAAAAGCUUGUUCUUUUGAAUGUCAAACUUGAGAAUGAUUUACGUCUUUUAGACUGUGGACAGUUGCAAAGAUUGGGGCUAGUAAACGUUGACACAACAUAUAUAACUACAAGCAUCGACUAUAGUGAAAUAGAAGUAUGUCACCUUGGAAGUUUUACUGAUCAAACAGUCAUUAAGGAUGCACUGCAAUCUCUACAGCAUUCAAAAUGUUUAUAAACCAUUAAAAUAUCGAUU